AUGGCGGGGGACCUUGUGGUUGGGAUGCUGUAUAACUUGUUACUACCCCUGCUCCUGCUCACUGCUUCAUCUUUCCGCUAUAAUGGUCUGUCACUGGUAUAUUUCCUGUUUUUGCUCAUCUUACCGCUGCUGCCGAACCCGAGUCUGGUCACCAUGAAAGGUCAAACUGGGCAGUUCCUGCGGCUGAUCAUCUACACGAGUUUGAUGUUCCUGACCCUGCAGUGCUUCUUGCAGAUCCCCUUCGCAUACAUUCCUCCACAAGUUAGUGGCUUCUGGGAUGGAUUUCUCUACCAUUUGGGAAUUGUAAGAUUUAGCUCGGUUGAUCCUGGGAAUAUUGUACGUCUCCUGCUCCCAGACGUGGGCCUCUUGGUCUCUACGUUGUUCAUACUGAGGCUCUGCAGGAAACUGCUACGCCCCGUGCCUCAGGUCAACCUCCAUGAAAACGGAAUCCCGCCCUCUGACCCUCAGGAUGUGGAAACCUCUGACACGGAGUCAGAGGAUGGAAGUGAAAUCGAGGGUUCAUCCUUUGACAGCUCAGAAGAGACUACUACCCUGCCGGUACAGUCGGGUCCACCACAAUUUGUCCAGAAGCUCAUAGUGUUUGCAGCUGGACUGAGGCUGCUGCUGUCAGCUAUCAUGAACACAGCAGGGAAGGUGGUGGUGACUCUGCUGCUGGGGUUGGCAGGUAUCAUACUGCCCUCCCUUACCUCAGGAGUGUACUUCGGGGUGUUCCUGGGGCUGGUGUGGUGGUGGGUGUUUGGCCGCUCCAUCAGCAUGCUGCUCUUCAGCUCCCUGUGUGUGAUGAUGGCCAUUUUCAGCGGAGGACACCUGCUGGUUCUGUAUCUCUAUCAGCUGCCACUUUCCCAGGAGCUUAUACCACCAGAAGAUGUUUAUCCCAGAUUGUUUGGUAUGAUAGGAGUCAUCAGAUCCGACACUUCAAACCUGCACUCUCUUAGCGUGCACACAAACGUCAGCUGGCCAGACUUCCUCAACCCGUUGGUUCUUCUACUCCUCUACUACACACUAGUGGCUUUGCUGCACAAAUGGGUUCAUGUCACAGAGAAGGAUGAAGCAGAUGAGGGUGAGAGUCCAGUAGAAAGUCCAGACGCUCCUCCAAGCUUCUCCAGGGUCAUCUACAUCUCAGGAGAUAAGCAAGAGCCAAUGAUUUUGAUCAAAGGAAACUCCUGGCAAGAUCUCCACACUGACAGUCUUGGAUGUCCAUUAGGAGGGGCAGAUUACACAAACGGUUACCCUCUACCACAUUAUGAGGGCAAGGACUCACUGUCUCAUGACACAGAAAGCGAGGAAGAUGUGGAGGAGCAGACUGAGGAGGUCCAUGAGAGUCUGACAGAGACCUUGCCUCCACCUUCAGGCCCAAGUGGUCUGGUCAUUUUUGGUCAGCAGGUGCAAAAGCACAGCUACGUCAGCGGCCUUAUCAUCAUGAUGAUUUGGAGUAUCACCUACAACAACUGGCUGACUUUCGCCAUGCUUGUGUGGUCCUGUAUAAUUUGGAUGAUGAGAGACAGAAGGCGGUAUGCCAUGAUGUCCGCCCCUUUCCUCGCCAUCUAUGGCACCGUGCUGGUGGUGCUGGGCUUCUUGAGCGGGCUCCGGCUGAGCCGGGCCGAGUUGUACCCGGGUCUGCCCCCGGCGGUCAUAGUGGACUUUGACCUGAACAGCUAUCACCCUGCACCCUGUGUCCACCUGGGAGCAAAGGUCUUCUACACCUUCAGCUUUUGGUUGAUGUUUCGUCAGCAGCUGAAGGAGAGACAGGAGGGGCAGAGCAUGAAGGCAGAAUCUCUGGAUGAAGUCAAAGUCGUGCCAUCGGAGGAAAAUCAGCCAUCUCCUCUGGUAGCGAAACUGAUCUCAGGUGUAAAGGGGUUUCUGGUGAAGUACUGGAUCCUCUUCUGCUGCUCUAUGUUCUUUGUGGUCAGCUUCUCUGGAAAGGUGGUCGUAUACAAAAUCCUCUACAUUGUCCUCUUCCUCUUCUGUGUUGUUCUUUACCAGAUCCGUUAUGAUGUGUGGCGUCGACUCCUGAAGACGUUCUGGGCAGUGGUUGUUGGUUACUCCAUGGUGGUGUUGAUAGCUAUCUACAUGUACCAGUUCAGAAGCGUGUCUGGGCUAUUCAGACAAAUCAUGGGGAUGUCAGAGGAAGGUCUUCGUGACCUGGGUCUGGAACGGUACAACACGGUGGAGCUGUUUGCACGCAUUCUGCUUCCUGCUACGUUCCUUUUGGCUUGUAUCCUCCAGCUUCAUUAUUUUAACUUUGACUUUCUGACUCUCACUGACCUGGACAACGUACCUGUCAGAGAGACUUCAAGGCUUAUGAAGGAGCAGAUGGGAAAUGGUAAAAGUCAGGAGACUCUGGCCAGCAUUGGACAGCAAAGCUCCUCAGAAAAAGGGGCAGAAGAGCAGGAGGAGGAGACAGGAGAAGAAACAGUGCACAGCAGCAGUGAGGACAAGUGGAUUGUGAUUGUGGAUCGGGCGAGCCUGCUGCUCAUCCAGGGUCUGUCGGGGUUUCGAAGGCUCCAGGAGCUGAGCUGGAGGCUGAUGGAGCUCCACAGCCUCAAAAUUGUGUCGUCUGGCAUCAUCUGGGUAUCGCUGCAAGAGGUUUCACUGAUGAACUUGCUUUUCCUGGUUCUAUGGGCAUUUGCACUCCCAUUCCCACGGUUACGACCUUUAGCAUCAAACAUCUCUGCUGUGUGGGCAUGCGUCAUGGUGGUGUGCAAGAUGUUUUACCAGCUCAAAGUCAUCAAACCUCUUGAUUACUCCUCUAACUGCACUGCUGUGACAGAGCUGAAGGGAAACAUGGUGGAGUUGCUGAGGAGGUCUAUUCUCUACAUCGAGCCCGUUGACCCCGUCUACUGGUGUGGAGCACUGCGCAAGUGUGAGGGCAGGAUCCUCCCCUGUCUCAGGAACCAUCUGAUGGUCCUGGGUCUGCUGGUGUUCGAGUCUACUGUCCACCGCCACCAGCUCUACUUUCGUCUCAAUAACAGCCUGAAGCCUCCACCCUUCAGCAUUAUCUUCCAAGGCAUCACCAGGCAGCACCUGGAUCAUGGCAUCCUGCCAUGCAUCAAGUACUUCAUCAACUUCUUUUUCUACAAAUUUGGACUCGAGAUCAGUUUAAUCGUUGCAGUCAAUGUGAUUGGUCAGAGGAUGGAUUUCUACGCCCUGCUCCAUUCCUGCGCCUUGCUAGCCGUCCUGUCUCGGCGACGCAGGAAGGCGAUUGGUGAAGUGUGGUCUAAAUACUGCACGUUUACAGCGGGCCUCAUGGUGCUGCAGUAUCUGCUCUGCAUCGGCAUCCCUCCUGCUUUCUGUGUUGAUUACCCCUGGAGAACAGCUGUUCACCCUUUGUCUUCUAAUGUGAUUAAGUGGUUUUACAUGCCGGACUUUGCCAUGAGACCCAAUCCUUUAUUCAUAUUCUAUGACUACCUCCUGCUGCUCUGCUCGUCUCUGCAGUGGCACGUAUUUGAGGAGGAGAACCGAGCUGCAGUGCGACUGCUGGCCGGGGACAAUGUCGAGAUCAGCCGCAGUUUGGAUCCUUGCUCCUUCAACCAGUUCAUACCUGUUGACAACUUUCUUCACUGCAGGUGCUAUCUUGAUAUGGUGAAGGUGUUUGUUUUCAGCUACUUCUUUUGGCUGGUGCUUUGUCUCAUUUUCAUCACUGGCACGACACGCAUCAACAUCUUCUGUCUCGGCUACCUGGUGGCCUGUUUCUACUUCAUGCUGUUUGGAGGCAGUGUGCUGAUGCAGCCAGUCAGAUACAUCCUGCGGCUAUGGGACUGGCUCAUUGGGUACACCUGCUUUGUGAUUGCCAUGAAGAACCUGGUGUCUCUGGGUUCUUGUGCCUACCUGGACAGCCUGGUGAAGAACAGCUGCUGGCUAAUUCAGGCAUUUAGCAUGUUUUGCACCAUCAAAGGUUAUGAUGUCCCUGAUCCCGAUGAUGAAUGUGAGCUGCCUGCAGGUGAAGCCGGCAUCGUCUGGGAUGCGAUCUGUUUCACUGUCCUCUUGGCACAAAGGAGGGUCUUCCUCAGCUACUACUUCCUCUAUGUGGUGUCUGACCUCAAGUCUUCUAAGAUAUUGGCCUCUAGGGGCGCUGAAUUGUUUGAGGCCAGAGUGAAAAAACAGGUAGCAGCCCGACUGGAGAUGGAGAAGAAAUCAGUGGAGGCUCUGAAGAAACAGAUGGAAAAGAUCAAAUCUAAACAGAAGAGUCGACCUGCACCACCAGAAGAACCUCUUGCUGAUCAGGAGCAGGUGACACCUGGUGAUGACGAGAAGGCAAAGAGAGAUGCAGGAAAAUGGUGGAAGCCCUGGGUCUCUCAGCCUGGAGUGGAAAACAAUUGUGGCUACCACCUGUUUGAGAGUGACAGUGAGGAGGAGGAAGAGGAAGUUCCUGAGAAGACAGAGGAAGAGCAACCACCAAAGAAGAAAUCUGCUUUUCAGUUUGAUGAUGGCUCUUGUUCUCCAGGCAUUGAUAAAGCAGAAUCCAGUGAGGACGAACCAGAUGAAAGUGUUGUGGAGGAGGAGGGAGAGGAGAAAAAAGAAAACAUCCUGCAGCGCAUCAUCAGCACGAUAAAGUUCAGCUGGGUGUUCCUUCAGUCUCUUCUUGAUGACCUGACGGAGGGAUUGAACUCAUUUUGUAAAGACAACCUGGGCAUUUCCAAAGUGCUGCGCUUCGAGCGAGCCUUACUCAACCAGCAGCAAAAGAAGGGUAAAGAGGUGAGUCAGGAGAGUGUGAAGCAGUUUUAUGAAAACUGGAAGUCCCGUCAGAACACACUGUCGUCUCAGGACAAUCUAGAUAAAUCCCUGUCAGCUCCCGGCUCUCCACCUGCCAGCCCUUCUUCACAACACGCGUACAAGAAGCUGAAGAACGAAGCCUCCAAAAUUUCCUGGGGCAGCAGUGUUUCCAGCUGCAUGACAGACGAGACGAUGCUGGUGUCCCGGCAGCCAACGCAGGAGGAGCUGGAUGAGCCUCCUGCUGUGUCACCUGCUGCUGACCAGCUCAGACGAAGGCUCUUUAAAGAGGCCAAUAUUGACAUGACAUCUUUUGACACUGAGGAACUUUCACCCAGCUGUGAAGAACCAAAAGAACUUCAUGAACAAGAGGAGGAUGAUGAGAAACAAACAGAAGUUGAGAUGAAAUGUGAAGAAGAACAAGAACAACGAGAAGAUCCUGAGGUGGAGAAAGAGGAGCGGGAUGAGGAAUCGCUGCAAAGAGAAGAGGAAGAAGGUGCCAAAUACCCAGAAUGGACCUCGCUGGAUCUCAGGGAUAGCGAUGGAGAGAAGAGUCUUGACCUCACAGAGUCUCCCAGACCUCUGAGUCAAGAAACGAGGAACCUCACUGCCAGUGAGCUGCUACUCAACAACAUGUUUGAAAAUGAUGAGAUCUCCGAGUCCGACAAGUUUUUCGUGACCUUGCCGAGGCCGCUGAAGCUGCUGUUUGCCCUCUAUAACACCAUGGUGUCCAAGUCAGAGAUGCUAUGCUACUUUGUGAUCAUUCUAAACCACAUUGUGUCAGCUUCGCUCCUCUCCCUCAUCCUGCCGAUUCUCAUAUUCCUCUGGGCCAUGCUGUCUGUGCCUCGGCCGACCAAACGCUUCUGGAUGACAGCCAUCAUUUACACCGAACUGACUGUUGUGGUGAAGUACUUUUUCCAGUUUGGUUUCUUCCCCUGGACCACCUCUGCCUACCGAGGCAUCAACGCUGACCGGCCCUUCGCCCUGCCCAACAUCAUUGGGGUGGAGAAGAAGGACGGCUAUGUCCUCUUCGACCUAAUUCAGCUGCUCGCGCUGUUCUUCCACCGAUCUAUCCUAAAGUGCCACGGGCUGUGGGACAACAAGGAGGUUGAGAUGCCCGAUUUCUUCAAGAAGCUGAAGAAGAAAGUGGACAAGAAGAAGACCGGAGCAGAGAAGAUGGGCAGCAGGGAGCAACCACCGCGCCGUCUGAGGUUCCUCCCCCUCCAGGCGUCCACCACCUCCUUAUUCUGUAGACUGAAAAAAGGCGAAUCUGCAGAAUCUGGUGAGAUGAAGCCCAAAAAGCAGCAAAGCAAGAAAAAGAGACGGGAACGACAUAAGGCUCCGCUGACAAGGAAGCAGAGGAUCAGACAGCAGAUCAGAGAGAGGAUGCUACAAGCCAAAGCUGCCGCCAUAGAAGUCGGCCUUCACAUCUACUUACCUAUAAGGCAGUUUUUCUAUGACAUCAUUCACCCAGAUUACAGCCCUGUGUGUGACGUCUACGCCCUCAUGUUUCUCAUUGAUGUCGUCAACUUCAUUGUCACCAUAUACGGAUACUGGGCUUUUGGGAAAUACUCUGCAGCGGCUGACAUCACAGAAUCACUGUCAGAAGACCAGGUUCCAGAGGCCUUUCUGGUCAUGCUACUGAUCCAGUUUGGUACCAUGAUAGUGGACCGAGCCCUUUACUUGAAGAAGUCUCUGCUGGGAAAGUGCGUUUUCCAGGUGGUGCUGGUGUUUGGCAUACACUUCUGGAUGUUCUUCAUUCUCCCUGGUGUCACAGAGAGGAGGUUCAACAGAAACCCAGUUGCUCAGCUGUGGUACUUUGUAAAGUGCAUCUACUUCGGCCUGUCUGCGUACCAGAUCAAGUGUGGCUACCCAAACCGCAUCCUGGGCAACUUCCUCACCAAGAACUACAACUACCUGAACCUCUUCCUCUUUCAGGGUUUUCGGAUGGUUCCCUUCCUGACAGAGCUGAGGGCGGUGAUGGAUUGGGUUUGGACCGACACCACGCUGUCUCUCUCCAGUUGGAUUUGCGUUGAAGACAUCUACGCUAACAUAUUCGUCCUCAAGUGCUGGAGGGAGUCUGAGAAAAAAUUCCCCCACCCUCCGGGGCAGAAGAAGAAGAAGGUGGUGAAAUAUGGAAUGGGAGGUUUCAUCAUCUUUGCUCUCAUCAGCAUCAUCUGGUUCCCACUGCUCUUCAUGUCACUGGUCCAGUCAGCAGCCGGAGUGACCAAUCAGCCUUUAGACGUCUCCAUCCAGCUCAGCAUCGCAGGAUACGAGCCUUUGUUCACUAUGAGCGCCCAGGAGCAGAACUUGGUGCCUUACACAGAAGCAAAAUUCAACAGGCUCACCAAAGUUUAUGCGACUCAUCCAUCUGCCAUGCAGUUCAUCAUGAACUAUGAAGCUGAGGACAUUCUUGUUGCUAAGAUCAAGAGCGAUGCCAGUUUACUGUGGACCAUCAGCCCAGCCAGUCGAGCGGCCAUGAUCCAGGAGCUCAGCAACUCGUCUCACAUAUACAUGACCUUACGCUGGACACUGCUCAGGAAUGCGUCCAUAUCAAUGAAUGCAGAGACCGUGGGAGAGCACACUGUGAAGUUUGACGACAAAACCUUGAGGGAAGGGAUUGUGCGAAUGCUUAAAGGCAACAGCAGCAGACCUGUGAUUAUUGAUUCUCUGCUGCCUAAAUUCAUCAGGGGUCCCAAAGGACCUGAGUCCAAAAUGGGAACCAGGAUGAAAGUAGACUUGACAGACCGUCCAGACCUUCAGGCGCUGGCUUUCUUCAGGCCCAUGUCAAUCCAGCUUCAGCAGGUCAAUGGGACGUCAAAGAAGGAGGCAGAUCAGUGGUGGGUGGUGGAAGAGUGCUCCCCAGUUGUCACGUCCUCCGAGCACAAAUGUCAAAGCAUCGAGUUAGUGGUGUUCAGCGAUAAAGUCAGCCCCUCCAGUCUGGGGUUUUUGGCCGGACACGGCAUCGUGGGUCUUUACAUGUCAGUGGUGCUAGUCAUCGGAAAGUUUGUCAGGGAAUUCUUCAAUGGGAUAUCCAGGUCCAUCAUGUUUGAGGAGCUACCAUGUGUCGACAGAGUCCUGAAGCUUUGCACAGACAUUUUUGUGGUUCGUGAGACGGGAGAGAUGGAGCUAGAAGAGACACUGUUUGAGAAGCUCAUCUUCCUCUAUCGAUCACCAGAGACCAUGAUCAAGAUGACCAGAGAGAAGAAAGACAGCUAGGGCUCAGUGGCUUGUCAGAAUGCCCAUGCUUUACGCUUGUAACUUAUGAAGGAUGAUUUCAAGUAAAUAAAAAGAAAAGUACAAACGAAACAUCAGCAUGAAUCUAUUAUUAGAAAAUGGUCUGGCUUUAUCAUUAAGCUACCCUGCGUGUCCUUUCAAUCAUGGCCUCUGACGUUAAGUGACAGGACAAGUUGAGAAGUGUUUUUAAGCAGCUCAGUAAAUCAUUGCUAAAGAUAUGAAAGGUCAGACAUCAAGA